UAUUUCCCUUCCCAAGUUUCUUGCUUUUCAGCAAACCCCAAUCAAUAGAAAACGUGCGCAUUAUCUGAGCUAUGUCCCGUUUUCCAGGCUGUCAGACAGAUCUAAUAUGUUUUAGAAAAGAGAAUUGGGAAAUCUGACAGAGACAUUGCUUGUGACAAUAUCGAAAUAUCUCAUUUCAAAAUCUCCCAUAUAUGGUUUUCUAACACCAUUUUAUAUCAGGUACUUGAGAUGACUUUGGCCUUGUAUACUAUUGAUUUUAUAUUGCUUGCCUGAAAGUGCAAUCUGGAACAGUUCUUUUGAUACUGCUUCACAACAUGGACACAUCUUGGUUGCCAAGUUCAAAGAAGUUAAAUUUUCUUUCAUAUUUAUCUUCUUUCAUUACAUUUUCUACAAUAUGGAAAUGGGAUUUGGCAAAAACUAAACUUUCUUCUUCAUCAUGAUUUGCAGAAAAAGUCAAGAGCCUCAGGCAUAAAUGUAUUAGUGAUGUUGAUAAAAAUUGUUUGAUGGCAUUUUAAAUGAAAUUACUUACCAAAUAUUGAUUUCAAGAAUACUAUGAUUUUCUGCAAGAAAAUUUUGUGGAGGUUUUCCAACUAAUCCUGAUAAUGUAUACUAUACCAUCUAUGUAUUCAGUUGGUAAACAAUAUAUUUUUGAUAUUACUGGGAAAGCUUUCACACAAGAAGAUUUGGUGAGAUCUGAGGAUUAUUUUGACAACUCUAGUGAAAAACAGUUCAGCUAUACAAGCCAGCCAACAUUUCCUACACAACCCAAUAUGAAUUCUCUUGAACAGCCCACUUCAACAAGUUCAACAAGUGAAAACUAUGUAUCUUAUCGAAAACCUUUUCCUCAACAAACUGUUUCUUCUCAAGGUGCUGGUGAAACAUCAAGAAAUUCAGAAGCUACAGAAGGUGAAACUGAAAACACAAACUAUUCUGGUGAUUGUUGCAGUGAUCAACAACGAGCUCGUAACUGCUCAACCAGUUGCUAUAGCACUCCAAAAGCCCACAAGUGCGCUCACUGUUCAAAGACUUUUGCUCGAAGAACUUAUUUAAAAAGUCAUGAGCGAGUCCAUUCUGGUGAGAAACCUUUCAAUUGUAUGUAUUGUCGUAAAGCCUUUUCGCAGCGAACAAAUGUUCGUAGUCAUGAGCGAACACACACAGGUGAAAAACCUUAUAUGUGUUUAAUUUGUCGUCGAUCUUUUUGUCAGCAGAAUGAGCUACGGUCACACGAGCGUGUACAUACAGGUGUUAGACCAUAUCAAUGUCAUUUUUGUCCUAAAGCUUUCACUCAGCUCACUAAUCUGCGGAAUCAUAUUAGAAUACACACAGGAGAAAAACCAUUCGUAUGUAUUGUGUGUGCUCGCUCAUUUACUCAACAUAAUGAACUUAGAAGUCAUGAACGAGUUCAUACUGGAGAAAAACCAUUUAGUUGUUCCAUGUGUUCUAAAGCUUUUUCACAAAGAACUAAUUUACGAAAUCAUGAAAGAGUUCACUCUGGAGAAAAACCUUUCCAGUGUAUUUACUGUUCAAAAUCCUUCUCCCAGAGAGGUACAUUAAAAAAUCAUGAACAUACUCAUACAACAGAUAAAAAUCAAGUAAAAACAUCUCAGAAAUCUGCAUCAUUGUCUUCAUCUAAUUCAUUAAGCCAUCAUUCCAAAACUCAUGAACAAAAAUCUAGGCAGCUGGGACAACAAGAACUUAUUCAGGCUGCUUCCUCAGCUGAACAAUGCCAGAAAGAACCAUCAACUUCAGCAUUCCAUCAUAAACCACAAUCAUCAUCUGUCAUUUCAAAAUGGGUUAAUUCAACAUCAUUACAUUCAAAAUCUCAAAGCAAUUCAUCUAUUUCUCGUAUAUCUCAUGCAAACACACAUGGACGUGUUUCUCUUGGAGAUGACAGCCGCAAAGAAAUACAAUCAUCCUCAUCUAUUAGAUUUCAGCAGGUACCAACUAUUCCUCCAGUAAUAAUGGCACCUUCCUUUUUGCACCAGAUGACCCAGGGCUGGGAAAAUACCUACAAUUGGCCCCGUGGAUUUCCUAUGGCUGCUGCUUGGAAUACAUCAGGGAAAAAUAUUUCAUCUGUAUAUUCUCAUGAAGGAAAGUUGAAAAAACAAAAGUCCUCUUCUGGAGAUAUAAAUAAAGGCAAGAAUAUGAACUCUUAUGAUGUGAGGAAAGAAAUUCAAUCAAGCUCCAAGUAGUUACGAGGCUGCAUUUAUAUAUUUUGUAAGCUGUUAAUCCUUAUCUCAUAAAUAUAUUAAUAGUAGAGAAGGCUGUAUCUUUAUUAAUCUUAGACACUUGGACACUGAUAUUGAUAUCUCUUUGUUUUAGAAGUGAAGAACUUAGAACUUUUGAAAAUAUUUCUGUGAUGCUUUUUUUGCUAAAUGAAUACAUGCUUAUUUUAUUUCAGUUGUAUUGUUAUGUAAGCAAAGUGUUGGUUCUAAUUAAUUCUGAUUUAUUGAUUUUAGUCUGAAGAAAAUGCCUUUUACUUGAAUAAAAAAAAUGGACUAACUUUGGUA